UUUAGGUUUGGCAGGACUAAUAAAUUAAAAAUCUUGGACUCUUGUCAGUUUGCUGCUUUAAUAACACCCCUGAUGGAUGGGUUUUUGCCCCACAAAGCAUGACAAUACCAUAAUCCCUCAUUGUUGGAAAGGAAGGGAUGUGACGGGACGGGAUGGGGAUGGUGGAAUUGUAAAGGAAAAUGGAAAAGGGUGGUCCCGAGAGACUGAAAAGCCUAUGGGAAGUGCAGGUAGCAGCAUGCUGCCCCGACAGCUGUUUCAACUUCUCAGACCUUGUCAGCUUGCUGCUAUGUAGCAGGUGCAGCCUUUUCUUUUAUUGAAUCUGUACUCCAUAAAGGCAAGAACAAGCCAAGGCAGUGGCUGGCCCUGGAUUAUACAAGUGCAGACACUACUAAGUGAGCUGGAAGACACAAGUAAACGCAUAGGCCCAGGUGCCCACAUGAUCACCACAGCAAGGAUAGCUGCUGAUAAAGCGAUACGAAUUGCCUUCAGUCUAAAUGACUCUCCAGAUGAUACACCCCCUGAGAAUGCCUUUCCUUUGGCUUUUCCUGAUUUAGAACAGCAGCUUCAGCCCCUGCCCCCUUGCCAUGACUCAGAGGAAUCUAUGCAGGUGUUCAAACAGCAUUGCCAAAUAGCGGAAGAAUAUUAUGAAGUCAAAAAGGAAAUUGCACUGCUUGAAGAAAGGAAAAGGGAGCUGAUCAUUAGGCUAGAUCAAGCUGAGAAGGAAAGCAUGGUCGCUGCUCGGCUAACAAAGGAGUAUUCAGACCUGACAGAAGAGAACCGGACAUUGAGCUUAGCCCAGACACAAUGUGUUGAACAGCUGGAGAAGCUUAGAAUACAGUAUCAAAAAAGACAGGGAUCAUCAUAACUUUGGAUGAAGCUAUCUGGGCCAAGACAAAUCUAGGGUCUUUUUUUAUGUUGGGCAAUUUUCCUCCCUUCCUCAAAGGUUCCCUUUAAUAGGCUGGUACACUUUAGACAUAGAACACGUACAUGUCUAAAUUUGAUUUAAUGCCUGGCAGUCCCUAGCUUAAUAUGGUUAUUGUCUUUGUUAUAUAAUGGAUAUUUUAUUUUGGGUAGCAUAAUUGGAGGCUCAUUGAUCCCCUUUAUACAUAGAAAUGAAUCUGAUUUCCUUUCUAAAAAUAUUUUUAACAGUUUGAAAAUGAUUCAAGCACACUCAAAAGCAAUAUGAAUAGUGUUGUGACGCAUAGGGCAGUAUUAAGUUAUACAGCAGGAGCAACAUUAUUGCAAGAAACAUUGGAGUGUCCUUCCUUUCCCGCAUUUGGCUACAGAAAAUCUUUUACUUCAUCUAUCUGGCAUUAUAUGCCAAAGGACCAUUGUCCACUAAAUUACAGUGGAAACAAGUAACAUGGCACCUGAAUCAUUUUCUUUAAAUAGCCGUUGUAUACACAUUUUAGAUUGUGUACACCUGAUUGUGCUUUUAUAAGACUGCACCAUCAAUUGAUAAUUCUUUUCUAUAACUAUAAUGUGUUAAAUAAAGAGGGUGACUUUUCCUUGUUCUUAAAUUUCCUAUUGGAAAAAGGUCCCAUUGAUGUUUAAUUACUCUGGAAAUUGGUUGGUCUAUAAUUAUGGCCUGGCAUAGCAAUCUUUUCAAGGUGGAGUGGGGAGAGAUCAGUUUUUAUUUUGAUACCAUGAUUUCUUUCCCAAAGGAAGAGUGCUUAGAAUCAUAACCUUAACAUGGUAAUAGAAGCAAAUUAGAUUGAAAUCUUGGCCUUUCCUGUGGAUACCUUUGUGUUGACUUAACUGUGAAUUUAUGCAGCAAGUGGGAUGUGUGAACACUGAAACCGUACAUAGCAGUCAGCCCAGUCUGAUUUUUCACAUGGAAUCUUAGCUGUAACUUUUUGAGGGUUCAUAAUUCAUUCACUUAUUUUAUACUCCACCUUUCUUCCAUCACGGGAACCUAAGGCAUCUUACAAUAAUUUAAAAUAGAAAUUACCUAAAAUCUUAUAUUACAAAAGCUAAACAAACAGUUAAACAACAGUACAGUUUAAAGCAAAUAUUAAAAACAGUUUAUUUUUUAUGUAUAAUGAAAAACAAGAUUGGCACCACAGCACACCACUUUCAACAUUGUUCUACCAUAUGAUUAAACAUAAAGCAAAGGUAUGCUUGAAAAAUAGCUCUCGGCCUGUUAGAUGUGUAGUUGUGCUUAGCGCUGACCUUUUUCUGAACCACAUUACUACAGCUAUAAAACUCGGAUACAUUGACCCUACCAGUCUCUCCACCGCAGUACCACUUCUAGCCUUUCUGAAUCCUUGGGUGGAAAAAUGGUGGAGAUGGCUGGGUGCAUUCUCCUCAACUUAUCCAUGGGCCAUACCAAAAUUUUGCCCCCAAAAUCUGCCCUUGACUUAUACAUGAGGUCAACUUAUGUGUGAGUAUAUUCGGUACACUCCCCAACUCCAAACAAGAAUUCUGCAUACACUUAAUUAAAUGAAUGAAUGAGUUCUGCUAAUUGUCGGUGAACUUAUUCCUAAGUACAAGUAGCUAGAAUCAGAACUAUUGAAAUUUGGAUAUGGAAUUCCUAGCAUAGAUAUUAUCAUGGCCAAUGAUUAGGACUACAUGGUUACCAGUCCCAAACACAUCUCUUGAAAGUAAGGCCUUAACUAUGUUGCUAUAUAAUGCAAUUUGAGAAUGCAGUUCAACUGCAUUGUACUGGAUAAUAUCUCAGUGUAGACUAGACUCAUGUAAUCCACUUCAAUGCAGUUGAAAUGCAUUUGGAAACUGCAUUAUAUAACAGUGCAGAUGAGGCCACAUAGUUUUCCUUUGGUGUAAUGUGUUUAGGUCUAUGGUAUAAGAAUAUUACUAUCCUACCUAUAUCCUGAUUUUGAAUUUUCCUUGGAGAAAAAAGCCCUAACACAAAGACCGCUGUAAUUCUUUCGUCUACUAGUGAUAACUGUUUUCCUAAAUCAGCUGAAAACUCUUUGUUAUACUUCCAUUUCUAUUCACACAGUAUUUUUUUCAUUAAAAGACAAUUGUAAAAGUUA